AUGUCUACGCAGGAUAUCACCAAGCCCUUCCGCUUCAUGGAUCUCCCCACGGAGUUACGCCUCAUGAUCUACAAGCGCCUGCCCCGUCAAAUCAAGCACACCGAGUUUCGCUACGUGGGUAGCUUGUUCGAGAACACAGUCGACUCAACAGUGAUCUUGGUCACACGUCACCUCCCUGUGGCUAUAAUGAGGACAAGCCGCCAGGUGCAUGACGAGGCGUACACAAUUGUCACAUCUCUCAUUCAGAAGUUCGUGACAGAGUCGCAGCCCCGGGUCAUAGGACAUGACACGCAUCUGUACGCGCUCCUUGUACUCAAAUGGCUCAUUCCAAACGAGCGGGAAGCAUAUCUGGCAGGUCAAGCUUACCGUGUAAGCGACGUCGUUCAGCGACUUGAUCUUCAACCGUGGAGCAGCGAGCGAUCCCGCGCCAUCGCAAUGUUCAUGGGCCAGGCUACACUAGCGACAAAAGCGGGCACAAGGGGUUGGAACGGAAUUAUUGCCACUGUUCGCUUCGCAGACCUCAACGAUCCCGCGCUCGGUUCCAGGCUUUACCCUCAUUCUAGGUCGAACCAAGGCGUGCCUAUUUUCACUUCUUCAGAAGCUUCUUUGCGAUCUCCUCCUCCCGGUUCAUUUGAAGGCAAGACGAUGCCCCAUAUAGAGAGGGACUUCAUGCUCGUGCAUGCUCUCAACGGCGAGAUCAAGGUUACGCCGGAGAACGUUCCCCAGAGGCCUGACUGCCCCAAGUUCUUCAAAACUGGAGAAUGGAAGCUAGAGAAUUGUAUGAGUCAGGAAGUUUGGGCUGGAGAGUGGCUGCCUUCUUCGUGA